GGAAGUUUAAAGAGUAUACGUAUACACCGAAAUAUAUUUUGUACGUGUUGAUUCAACUGGAGAAUUUUAUUUAGCACAUAUCAAUUGCUAACUGCAAAAGUGUAUACGAUUUUGAUAUCGGAUCGCAGAUUCUGAAAGGCGGGAGAAAAGCCGCGAUUUUGCUCUAUAACGGUGGCAAAAUCUAGUGGAGAUCGGAUAGCGAUUAUGAUGGAUAUUUUUAGACCACACGAAAUACCAGAAACUUGAUGAAUAUUAUUGAUGAUAUUAUAAAGAUGGCAAAAUUGUAUAGUACACUAUAAAUACCAACAACUUUCGACUAUGUCGUCGCAUUAUUGCCGCGGGAAUAUACCCUUGAUUACAUUAUCAUUCACCGAAAAAACUAAAGUAAUCGAACAGUAAAUAUGUCCACACCGAAGAAUGAUAUUAAGUCUAAAAAUUUCGAAGAUGCAUGUGAUGAACAUUUCAUUCAAUUUCCUCAAAUUAUAGACGGAAAAAUAAAUACUGAAAAGUUUUUAGAUGCUGCGCGAGGCGUUGUACAAAUAGUUAAUAAAUUUGGGAAAUUAUUUGCUCCUGUGAAAUUUGAUAUGCAAGGAAACAUUGAGAAACUAACAACAAAGUAUGUGGCUGAUAAGGAAAAACAAUCAACAUUGCACGAUAUGAUUAUAUUAGAGAAAGCAACUGGAAAAAAUUUAAUUGCUACCGAUGCUCUCAUGUGGUUGAGGAGAGGUCUGCACAUGGUUCACUUGUUCUUUGAAAAGAUUGUUGAGGAUCACAAAACUGGAAAUACUACAGAGGACUUGGGAGCGUUUCUGAAAAGAUCUUAUAAGGAAGCACUCGAGCCAUAUCAUGGAUGGAUGGCACAACAACUAUUUGGUCUUCUUUCACGAAUGGUUCCUACACGAACUCAAUUGUUACAAGCUCUUGCUGACGAGCAAAAAAACAGGGAUGACACAAUUCUGCAAGAAUUAGAAUCUUUUCUAGUCAAUUUGAGAGAAAAUAUACAGAAUCUAGUUACCCUUUACCUGGAGCAUAGCCUUGAAAACGACGCCAAAGUAUAACACCAAUAUUGCUACAAAUCUAAAAUACCUGAUAAUUCAAUGUUGGAUCAUCGUUACUAAGUUUCAUUGCCAAACAUAAGUUCUAUAUGAAUUAUAGAUUCAAGUUUAAUAUUUUCGCGGUUUAUAUGAAGAUUUUUUAAACACGUUUUCAACUCUAAAGAACUACACCUGCCAGUGCUUCGACUGAUUGCCAACUUUAAUUUUAAAGUGUCAUGUGAAGUUAGCAAAUGUUAAUGUACAAAAAACAUCAUAGACAAGAACAAGACAACAGCUUCACCAGAAAGUGAAAUAAGUUCUGUUACUAGCCGGAGAAGAAAUUUUAGUCAGCAAAUAAUAUCAGAAAUCCUUGAGUGCCUAAGAACCUAUUGAAUAAUAAUUAACUAGGUAAAAAGAUACUAGAUUUUAAUAUCUAUUGUAAAUUCAAUGUCUAUGUGAUAUACACAGAAUAAAAAAAUUUAUUUAUGCA